UGCCCGCCGCCGUGAAUUCGCCAGCGGGAGCGCGCUCGCGGCCGCGCGUCCUCAGCUUUCCCGGCUCCGUCGCUGACGCGUCGUAGACGUUGGGGAGCGGGAAGGCGGCGGCAGUGAGAUCGGGAUGAACAGCGGCGGUGGCUUCGGUUUGGGUUUAGGCUUCGGCCUUACCCCUACGGCGGUGAUUCAGGUGACGAAUCUGUCGUCGGCGGUGACCAGCGAGCAGAUGCGGACGCUUUUUUCCUUCCUAGGAGAAAUUGAGGAGCUGCGGCUCUACCCCCCGGACAACGCACCUCUUGCUUUCUCUUCCAAAGUAUGUUAUGUUAAGUUUCGUGACCCAUCAAGUGUUGGCGUGGCCCAGCAUCUAACUAACACGGUUUUUAUUGACAGAGCUCUGAUAGUUGUUCCUUGUGCAGAAGGUAAAAUCCCAGAGGAAUCCAAAGCUCUUUCUUUAUUGGCUCCUGCUCCAACCAUGACAAGUCUGAUGCCUGGUGCAGGCUUGCUUCCCAUACCAACCCCAAAUCCCUUGACUACACUGGGUGUUUCCCUUAGCAGUUUGGGAGCUAUACCAGCAGCAGCACUGGAUCCCAAUAUUGCAACACUUGGAGAGAUACCACAACCACCACUUAUGGGAAAUGUGGAUCCUUCCAAAAUUGACGAAAUUAGAAGAACAGUCUAUGUUGGCAAUUUGAAUUCCCAGACAACAACAGCUGACCAACUGCUUGAAUUUUUUAAACAAGUUGGAGAAGUGAAGUUUGUACGGAUGGCAGGUGAUGAGACUCAGCCAACUCGGUUUGCUUUUGUGGAAUUUGCAGACCAAAAUUCAGUACCGAGGGCCCUUGCUUUUAAUGGAGUUAUGUUUGGAGACAGGCCACUGAAAAUAAAUCACUCCAACAAUGCAAUAGUAAAACCCCCUGAGAUGACACCUCAGGCUGCAGCUAAGGAAUUAGAAGAAGUAAUGAAGCGAGUUCGAGAGGCUCAGUCAUUUAUCUCAGCAGCUAUUGAACCAGAGUCUGGAAAGAGCAAUGAAAGAAAAGGCGGUCGAUCUCGUUCCCACACUCGUUCAAAAUCCAGGUCUAGUUCAAAAUCCCAUUCUAGAAGGAAAAGAUCGCAGUCAAAACACAGGAGUAGAUCACAUAAUAGGUCACGUUCAAGACAAAAAGAUAGGCGUAGAUCUAAGAGCCCACAUAAAAAACGCUCUAAAUCAAGAGAGAGACGGAAGUCAAGGAGUCGUUCGCGUUCACGGGACAAGAGAAAAGACACCCGAGAAAAGACGAAGGAAAAGGAAAGAGUGAAAGAAAAAGAUAGAGAAAAGGAAAGGGAAAAAGAGAGAGACAGGGAAAAGGAACGUGAAAAAGAAAAAGAACGGGGUAAAAACAAAGAUAAAGACCGAGACAAAGAACGGGAAAAGGACCGGGAAAAAGACAAGGAAAAGGACAGAGAGCGAGAACGGGAAAAAGAACAUGAAAAAGAGCGAGACAAAGAGAAGGAAAAGGAACAAGACAAAGAAAAGGACCGAGAAAAGGACAGAUCCAAAGAUAUAGAUGAGAAAAGAAAGAAGGAUAAGAAAUCCAGAACACCACCCAGAAGUUACAAUGCAUCAAGAAGAUCUCGUAGUUCCAGCAGAGAAAGGCGUAGGAGGAGGAGCAAAAGUUCUUCCAGAUCACCAAGAACAUCAAAAACCAUAAAAAGGAAAUCUUCUAGGUCUCCAUCUCCUAGGAGCAGAAAUAAGAAGGAUAAAAAGAGAGAAAAAGAAAGGGACCACAUUGGUGAAAGAAGAGAACGAGAACAUUCAACCUCUACAAGAAAGAGUUCUAAUGACAGAGAUGGGAAGGAAAAGUUGGAGAAGAACAAUACUUCACUUAAAGAGAAGGAGCACAAUAAAGAACCAGAUUCAAGUGUGGGCAAAGAAGCAGAUGACAAGGAUGCACCUAGGACUGAGGAAAACAAAGUGCAACAAAAUGGGAAUUGUCAGCCAAAUGAAGAAAACCUCUCUACCAAAACAGAAGCAGUAUAGGAGUGACAAAUGCACCUCUAAACACACGCUGGAAUAAAAUCCAAAGCUUUUAAUUCUCUCAACAAGAUGCUAAGCAGUGAAGAAUCCUAUUGAGUAAAAAGAUAGCACUAACAGCUUGUUUAGUUGUUAUGUGACUUUGUGGCCAUCUUGUUACUGAGUAGGGGAAAAAAGAAUGGACAUCAUAAAAAUAACAGAUGUUUCCCAAAUUCCUCAUCUGAAAUCUGCAUUUCCAUGGUGGCUAACACACUUGUCAUGUGGUUUAUUAGUGUUUGCCAAGAAUCAUUAUAAGUAAAUGGGACAUCAGAGAUCCACAUUUGUCCUGUCCAUAAAGACUGGAGAUAAGCAUUGGACGCUCUUUAAAACAAAUGCUAGUUACUGAAUUUUGUAUUGUUUUACUUUUGUCAUUUAAUUUCAGUAUAUAUAGAUUGAUGAUGUGCUUGAAAUCGGUGCAAAUAUAUACACACCCUUGUAAGUGCAGAGUAUAUAAGAAGUUUUAACAUUAUUUCACAGAACUUAUAGUGAUUGUUAAAUUCUCACUAUUGUGUUUUCUUUUGCUCACUGUCUAGGACAGCAGUUUUUCUUUAAAAUAGUUUUACAGAUUAAAAAUUGCUUAAAUAAGUGGAUUGAAAAACAACUGACAAUGCAUGCUACUUUUCUGUUUCAAAAAGAAGAGCAACUGUGUUGAAUACUAAUAACAACAUAUUAGUAUUCUGUGUUUAGAAUCAUUGGGUCUCCCCACCAAGUAAGCUUUUUUUUUGAACUUUCUGGACAUUUCCAAGCUUAUGAAUAAUAUUGCAGUGUGUGUUGUCAGCUGUAGAUGGCAAAGGUGCCAUAUUAUAAAAAGAAAACUGGGUUUUCACAAUGGGCUAUGGGAGCACAAGCUGAAGCUUUAGUGCCUUCUACAACGUGGUUUUCUAGAAUUUUAUAUGUGCUAGUCACUCGUAGUUCAUAUGGAUUGUAGAUGGAUAUUCCGUUCACUCCCAUAGAGAAGUGUGCAAGUACUAUGUCAGAAGAGCUUCGUUCGUUGUUCACCUGGUCUGAAAGGGAAGUCCUGUGUUCAGGAAUGACUUCAGAGCUUAAAGUAACUGCAGUUUGGGGACCAUCAGUUUUAUACUGUGAUAACUGAAAAUGAAACAUUUUAUUUAAAUCAAAGUAAACUCUUUAGUUGUCUACAUUGGAUGGCCUUAAUUAUUACCUCUCAAUCAUCUUCUCAAAUGAUGUGCAGAAAUUGUACUUAAAGAGAAUGCGUGAGAUUAUUUUAUGUGUAAGGCUCUGUUUACUUGAGUUUAAAAUAUAGGUCAUCCAUCAUUCUGAGGCUCACUUUUUUGCAGAGUACGCAAGUAGCAAGUGACAACAUUGCUGAUACUUCCCUUAAAAUCCAUAACUCAUAGUUUCAGAACUUUUCAUUAUUAUAUUUCAAAGUUAGACCUCUUAAUUAGCAUGUUAUUAAAAAAAUCAAGUAUAAUUUUAAUGCAUCCUAAUACAAUCAAAUUACUCAGUUGCCUUACCUCAUGGAGUUACUUUAUAGAUUUAAAAAACUGAGUAGCGGGUCAGUUACUUGGUUUCAACUUGAGUUUUCUUUUAAUGUUAAUACUAUUGAGAGUAUUUGGUGAAGAAUGGAAAGAAUUGCCCUUAUUGCGAGUAAUGAAGCCUGGUUUGAUUAUGAAGCUGCUUAAUUACACUUCAUGUGUUCAGAAUUACUGUGUUUUUUUUUUUCCUUUUUUGUCACUGUGUAUAUUAAAAUUUUUGAAAAUGCUUUACUAUGUAAAGUAUAGAUGGUCAUUUUAAUCAUUCAACCACAUACGGUUGGCUGGUAAACAGCUUAUUCUGAUACAAGAAUGCUUGGGUGCAUAUGGAAAGAAUGUGAAAGGAGUGUGUCUUGCUUCAACAACUGUCUUAUUUAUGAUAUGUAAGUAGAAUAGAGCAAAUGUUUGAAUCUUUGUUAUUUUUAGUACCAUUUCUCUAAUAAAGCUAAGUAUUUUAGAGGAAAGUAUUUGUUUAUGCAUUUCAAAACAGCAUUAGUUUUAUCACCUUGUCUUAGUUGAGGUAGAUAUUGUUUCACCAUGGAGAGUGCAUGUUUGUGUGGUGUCUAUAAAACAAUCAUUUAAAGUUUGAGUGUUUUCUUGUAUUCUGGACUCUAUUAAAUGUUUUUUAUGUUAGUAAUUAACAUAUUUAACUUGGUUCCUGCUGUUAAUUAUUUUCUUGCUAAUGAUACUUAGCUUUGAACUAAUCCUGCUAAUUUUAGAGACUGAUUUGUAAAAGUUGGGCAUGAGAAGAAAUACAAGAACUCUGGAGAAAGUGAAAUCAUUUUCUUAAAUGGGCUUAAGGAAGCAAAGCUUUCUUGAGUCUAAAGAUACUGGGGUGGAAUAUGGGGAGACAUUUUCUCUUUGUUCUCUUGUAAGAACUGAUAUACUUCUUUUUUUUUUUUUUUUUUUUCUUUCAAGGUAUUUUGUUUUUAAGAGUGUACUUUUUCAUCCCAGGUAGAUGUUGUGAGGAAAACUUGAGGUAAGGCCAAGAAGACGGCCAUUUUACUCUUGAUACCUUCUGAAGUUAUCCUUUUGUAGCUUGAUUAUGCAGAGAGUAUAGUCUGUUCUUUAAAUUGUAAUUGUUCUUCAUCAUUCUAGAAAAAUUCUGUUGGUCCUCUUGUUCUUGCUUCUCAGCAAUGGACACAGAACUAGUAAUACAAGAUGGUCCUUCAAGGUAGCAAGUUUCAUGUGAGAAAACAAGUACAAAUCCUUAACUUCUGAAAUUGUCUCCUUAGUUACUAGGUUCCAUUUAAUCUAAUUAACUUAUAACUGCAGAUGCUAGUUCCCCUGUGUUUAUUCAGAUUGCUUUUUCCCAAAAGGUUCAGUAUAUACUAUGUUAAUCUCCAGGAGUUGUGAGAUGCUUAAAUUUUUUUUUUUUAAAGACUUUUUUUUUUUUAAGAUUUAUUUUUAUUUAUUUAUACAAGCACUGGGUACAGUCAGAAGCGCGGGAGGGUGAGAGAAUUCACCAGCGCCAGAGC